UUCGCCUGCAUCAAAAAAUGAUCUCACACGUUAUCACUUAAUCUGUUAAUCAUAUACACAUUCAUUAUUCAUAUAUAGUGCUCAACUUCCUAGUCCAAGUAUUUCUCAUUCUCACCUCCAAAAAAAAUUAAAGGAAAAAAAACAUUACUCUAUUUUUUCCCAUUCUUCUCAUUUUCUCUCUCCUAUCGUUUGAUUGGAUUCGUGAAAAAGAAAAGAAAAAUCAACGAAAGGUAGGAACAUUAAUUACUGUAUAUAAAUUUGAAACAUCCCCCUUUAACUUUCUCCCACUUUUAAAACUCCUACGAGAUCCGCCAUUAAUGAGGGUUCAAGCUUUUUUGCAUUCUUAUGGUUCAAGCUCUUAAUUGGCAUCUUUUACCAUUAUGCUACAGUAAUAUUGAAGAAGUUGCUAAAUUAGGAGAAAAAGCUGGUGUUGAUUCAAAUUUGUGAUUGAAUAUUGGGACCUAAGCUAAUAGUGCUAGAUUUAGAUAAGUUGAAUAUUGAAUCUGAUUAGAUUCAGUGAAUUAAAGGGUUUUGAGGUAUUUUCUUUGUUAGAUGAGAAGAUUUUUGUAUGGUGGAGGUUCACCAAUGAAAGUGCUUGAAGGAGUAUCAUUGAACAUGGAGAGGAGAUGGGCAUUUCCUCUUGUGAUAACCUCGGUUUUAUUUGUAUUUCUCUUUGCAACAUGCUUCAACAUGGGCCUUCUUUCGUCGAUCCACACCAUUAAUAACAUUAUAUCUCAUUAUUCAAGUUCAUCGGCGAACCAAACGAAUCCAUUGUUUGUUGAAUCAGUAGUGUCUCAACCUCCUCCACCACCUGCACUACCUCCACUCCCUCGUUUUGCGUAUUUGAUUUCAGGGUCUAAGGGUGAUUCCCAGAAGCUAUGGAGAACGCUGCAGGCGUUGUAUCAUCCCAGGAAUAGAUAUAUUGUUCACUUGGAUUUAGAGUCUCCAAUGGAGGAGAGGUUGCAGCUUGCUGCACGAAUUGAUGAUGAUCCGUUGUUUGCUAAAGUUGGGAAUGUGCAUAUGAUCACUAAAGCAAACAUGGUCACUUAUAGAGGCCCUACCAUGGUUUCAACUACACUACAUGCUUGUGCUAUUCUUCUCAAGAAAUAUCAAGAUUGGGAUUGGUUUAUCAAUCUCAGUGCUUCUGAUUAUCCUCUAGUCACUCAAGACGAUCUCAUAUACACAUUCUCGAAAUUGGACCGUAAACUGAACUUUAUCGACCAUUCCAGCAGGCUAGGUUGGAAAGAGGCUGGGAGGGCUAUGCCACUAUACGUAGACCCUGGGCUUUACUCACAAAAAAAAUCAGAUAUAUUCCGGGUUCAACCAAGGAGAACUAUGCCUACAUCGUUUAAGUUAUUUACUGGUUCGGCAUGGAUGGUUCUAUCACAUGAUUUUGUUGAAUACCUCAUUUGGGGAUGGGAUAACCUACCUAGAACCAUGCUUAUGUAUUACACCAACUUUGUCUCCUCUCCAGAAGGCUAUUUCCAUACUGUCAUCUGCAAUGCACCCGAGUUUGCUAAAACAGCAGUUAACCAUGAUCUCCAUUAUAUUGCUUGGGAUACCCCACCAAGACAACACCCACGCACUCUUGGUUUAACUGACACAGAAAAGAUGAUUGGCAGCAAUGCUGCAUUUGCCAGGAAAUUCAGGCAAGAUGAUCCAGCAUUGGAUAAAAUAGACAGGGAAUUACUUGGGCGUAGAAAUGUGAGUGUUACUCCAGGUCGGUGGUGUGGUGGUAAGCCACGUUGUACCAAAGUUAAAAACCCAGACAAGAUAAAACCAGGUCCUGGAGCUCAAAGGCUUGGUCAACUUGUAUCAAGAGUAAAUUCAGCAGAAGCAUUUCAAACACGGCAAUGUAAAUAGAUUUAUCCUUGCUUGUUUGUUGAUAUAUCUCAUUUUGUAAAACCCAGGUGCAGAGAUCAGAUGUGGUUUUAGGCAUAUAGGGAGAUGAAGCGAAAAAGAGCCAUAGGGGGUUAUUUACUGAAUCCUGAGCUCAUAUCGACAUUCUUUUUGAUGACAGUGCAGGUGAAUGCUGAAUAGGCCUUAGCUGGUUGAGUUAUUUUGUCACUGUUGUCAGAGACAGAACUAGGAAUAUUUUUUUUAGGUUUUUGUAGAUUGAUGAAACAAUACAUACACUCAGCUCUCUCUUUAGUCUUUACAUUCGAGGCUACAUGAGAUGAGAUGUACGUCCCCUCACCUUCGAAAUAAAUCCUUGGUACAUAUGAAUGACUUCCUUCAACUUCCAUUCAGAGUUGUUUCAAGGUUCAAAAGUGCUAUAUAUUAUUGUGCAGCUAGAAGAUUACAUUUC